AGGCAAUUCUUAUUAGACAUAAAAGUACAAAAAAUCUAAAUGGGUCGGAAGAAGAUACAGAUUGCCCGUAUUUUAGACCAGCGCAACAGACAGGUUACCUUUACCAAGAGAAAGUUUGGAUUGAUGAAGAAGGCAUACGAGUUAAGUGUACUGUGUGACUGUGAGAUCGCCCUCAUUAUAUUUAAUGGAUCUAAUCGUCUCUUUCAAUAUGCCAGCACGGACAUGGAUCGGGUACUCCUGAAGUAUACAGAGUAUUCUGAGCCACAUGAGAGCCGCACCAACUUUGAUAUCUUGGAGUCUCUAAAGCGCCGGAGGCUGGAACUGGACACUGAGGACAUAUUGGGGCAGGGGGAAAGGAUGCAGAAGAUGAGGAAUGAAAAGAUCAGUCUGUCUUGUGACAUGUCACCUCCUUUGUUGUUAAACCGUGGUGUUUCAUACUCUGCAUUAGAUGUAAGAGCCAUGGAGCGAUCCCUACCUUCCCCUCCAAGCAUACAUCGUCCCUUCAAGUCUCCAGAACUGAAGAGCAGCCUCUUAUCUGAACCCAUGGCACCAGAUAUGGGCCAUUCAUUGGUGACUCACAGUAGUCAUGCCAGGCAGACCAAAGCCACCUCCUCUCCUCAUCAGGGAGGCCACGCUCAGGGAACCGAGAUGGAUAGUAUCCAGGAAAGACCUACGGUAUUCCCGAGUCUCCCAACCCGAUACACCACCCUACCAACCCAUGGUCAUGGAAAAUACCCACAUGCCCCAGUGCAUCACCCAGAUAUAUCUGAUCCAUCCUACCACCUACACUCAGCUAGGCAGCCAAGACCCACAUCACCCUCUUGGGCACGUCCUCAUUCAUCAGUGACUCAUGGAGGCUCUCUUUUAAGGUGA